CCCCUCCCUCUUUCUUGGUAAGAACUCCUCCGUCCUGCCUUUAAUGCGAUCUGGAUCUCUCUCCCUCUGCUACCUCUCCAUCCUUCUCUUCUUUGCAACACGGAAGAGCCCACGAGGCAGCGAUCCAGCAGCUACCAACUGCUAGAUCCCCUCGACAACCUUCCAAUUCCUCGAUCUGACCCACCUUCUCAACCUCUUCUUCCUGAUUCUUGUGCAAAAUCUUGAUGCAUAAUAGUAAUUUACCAGGCUUCUGUUGCUCAAAUUGUUGGAGAUGAUCAUCUUGACUCAGAGAUAAUGUUUGCAAGGGUGCCACUAAUUUGGUGAUCAAAUUUUUAUCUAUGUUUGGAGCUGCUCUGCCUAUUUCUAGUAAUAGUCCUCUUCUUCGUAGAGCCGGUAGCAAACCUGUAUUUUCUGAAACAGAUUCUGGUGCUGGUGAUGUUGGUGGUGUAAUUGGUGAAGGAGACCUCUUACCUACAAAGUUGAAUGUUGCAAAGAUUGGGAGCAUAACAAUGCAGAGUGCUGCAAUUUUGCCAUCACCAAUUCUCUUGUGGAGAUUUAAGGUUAUAUUGUUUCUAUUAUGGAGUAUUGGUUGUUGCAAGGUUGGUUGGGAUUCUGUAAUGAGGAUGAAUGGAGAUCUUCAAGAUUUAUUCCUUUAUGAAGCAUUUUUAUACUAUAACCCACUUCUGCUUGUGACUAUGACAGUCUGGCUGUGGGGUGUGAAUUUAUGGGUAUUUGCCCAAUCCACGGUGAACUAUGCAAAAGUGUUUGAUCUGGACAACAGUCAUCUUACACACCAUGAGAUAUGGAAGUGUGCCACGUGGAUGACUAUCGUGGUUCCGACAAGCAUGACGGCAUACCUUUAUCUCUACUCACAUGGAGAAGUGUCUCUUGCUGCAUCACAACCAGUUAUCCUAUAUGUGGUUGUUGUGAUGAUCCUUAUAUUUCCAUUUGACAUAUUCUACUUAUCAUCCCGUUACUACUUUCUAAGGACACUUUUGCGAAUAGCAUUUCCGUUGCAGGCAAUUACAUUUUGUGAUUUUUUCUUGGCUGAUAUUCUAACAUCUAUGUCAAAGGUAUUCUCAGAUUUGGAGCGUUCCAUAUGUCGGAUGGUCAACAAGCAGGUUGCAACCAUUGCAUGGUUUGAAGCUGAUUCUAUCUGUGGUAGUCACUCUGUUGUAAUUCCUUUAGUCCUUGUCUUCCCAUACCUUUGUCGUCUUCUUCAAUGUCUACGGCAAUAUAAGGAUACAAAAGAGAAAACCUCCCUUUUGAAUGCUCUGAAAUACUCGACAGCAUUUCCAGUGAUUUUUCUCUCAGCCCUCAAGUAUCAUGUAUUUCCUGAUAAUUGGACCAAUUUCUAUCGCCCGCUCUGGCUUCUAUCUAGUGUCAUUAAUUCAUUUUAUUCAUUUUACUGGGAUGUGUCUCGUGAUUGGGACUUGAGUGUUCUCUCACGAAUUUUCAAGUUCAAAACUCAUCAUUUCCUCACAACCUUACUUUAUGGGAGGCAAUGGGUAUAUUAUUGGUUGAUUGGAAGCAACCUGAUUCUGAGAUGCACAUGGACGUACAAACUUUCGGCCCAUCUUCGUCAUAACUAUCUGACAGUAUUCACAAUCUCAGCAUUGGAGAUAUUGCGGCGAUUUCAGUGGGUUUUCUUUCGUGUUGAGAAUGAAUGGAACAAGAUGACAUCAAAACCGAGCAUAGAACUCUCCUUGGAAGAAACCCCGGAAGAGGAAGAUAGGCUACUUGGCAAUGAAAAUCAUAACGUAUAAACAAUUUAAGCAUAUUUGCAAGUCAUCGUCUUUUUUUACCCUUUUUUCCCCAUUAUUUAGUUGUUCUUUUGUUUUCUUUUCGGUUGGGCUUAUGGUCAACGAAGCUCCCAUUCUUUGAAAAAAAAUAUAUAGGUCUUUUCACUUGAGUUGUAUGUUUGUCGAAAUCGAAACACAAUCACGUAUCUCAGUUAUACCAGUUUUAACAUAGAAUUAUAUAUUUGAUAA